GAUAGAGCGGCCAGGCGCCAGGUAUUGCAGACCCAGCUGUGCGUGGCUCUGAGCCAAGAGAGGCGGUGACCAUGUCGGAGCAGAACGGGGUGCAGCAUUGCUCGCCGAGGAAACGGCUCAAAAAUGAUAUCAGAAACAAAGUGACAGUGGUGCUAGGGGCGCAGUGGGGCGAUGAAGGCAAAGGGAAGGUGGUGGACAUGCUUGCAGGCUCCUCGGAUGUGGUGUGCAGGUGCCAGGGAGGGAACAAUGCUGGACACACUGUUGUUGUUGAUGAAGCUGAAUAUGACUUUCACAUCCUUCCUUCAGGGAUCAUCAAUUCCUCAGCUGUAUCUGUAAUUGGAAAUGGUGUAAUUGUUCAUCUUGGGCAAAUGUUUGAAGAGAUUCAUAAAAAUGAAGCUAAGGGUCUGAAGGACUGGUCAGAGAGACUUAUCAUUUCUGAUAGGUCUCAUAUUGUUUUUGACUUCCAUCAGAGUGUUGAUGGACUCCAGGAGCAAGAACGCUCCAAAGACAGUUCUGGCACGAAGACUUUGGGCACCACCAAGAAGGGCAUUGGACCUUGCUAUUCUAGUAAGGCAGGAAGACAUGGACUUCGAAUGGCUGAUCUUUUGGGAGACUUUAAUGUGUUUGAACAACGAUUCAGAAACCUUGUUGAUGCACACAAAAGAAUGUUUCCUGAACUGAAGGUUGACAUUGAAGAAGAGGUUGCCAAGUAUAGAGUGUAUGCUGAUCGAGUACGACCUUUAGUGGCAAACACUGUGGCCUACAUUCAUAAAUGCCUUCAAGAUAACAAGAAAGUGCUUGUAGAGGGAGCCAAUGCUGCCAUGCUUGACAUUGAUUUUGGUACUUAUCCAUAUGUGACAUCAAGUAACUGCAGUAUUGGUGGUGUGUGUACUGGCCUUGGUAUUCCUCCCCGUUAUAUUGGGGAAGUAUAUGGUGUGGUAAAGGCAUACACAACCAGAGUAGGUGUGGGUGCAUUCCCUACUGAGCUGAAUGAUGAUACUGGGAAGUUGCUUCAGUCUCUUGGGGCAGAGUUUGGAGUGACCACAGGGAGACCAAGGAGAUGUGGCUGGCUAGAUGUUGUACUGCUGCGUCACACCAACAUGGUUAAUGGAUACACUGCCAUUGCUCUCACCAAGCUGGACAUAUUGGAUGAAUUGCCUGAAAUCAAGAUUGGUGUUGGGUAUUGGAAAAAGAAUGGAGAAAAGAUUGAACAUUUUCCUGCAAACAUGGAUGAGUUGGCAGACAUAAAUGUUGAGUUCAUUACAAUGCCAGGCUGGCAGCAAGAUACCUCUCAGUGUCGCACUUAUCAAGACUUACCAGUAAAUGCGCGCAACUAUGUAGAGAAAAUUGAAGAACUCGUAGAUGUACCAGUUAAAUGGAUUGGUGUUGGCAAGUCGAGAGCCUCCAUGAUCACAGUGUUCUAGAAGGGCAGCACUAUCUUCCAUCAACACUGUGGCAUGUCUCAGUUCACCAGAACAGUCCUCCUCCCGUCCAUUGUAAGACAGUGUGGUGUUUGACACAUAAAAAAAAAUGUACUUGGAAUAUGUUGUGUUGGAUAGUUUUAAGCAGCUAUUUUGCUAGUUAAUUUCUCAGUUUAGGACAAAUUUUGAAUAUUGAGUUCAUUCAGAUGCAUUUAUCCAUAUUUUACUGUCUAAGAUAGACUUGUAAUAUAUUGUUUUAUAAUAGUUAAGAUGAAGCAUAUGGGUUUCCCUUCCUAAUUGUUGGGGAGGCCUUUAUCCUGCAGUGGACUCAUACAGGUUGACGAAAUUCUUAUACAGUAAACCCUUGUUAUACCGAUAUUGUUAUAACAGAUUUUGCAUUUAUUGGACGUGUGGCCUGCGGACCAUCCAUCUGAUUUAUUGGACGGAGGUCGGUAAAUAAGGCAGAACAUCCGGCCAACAGCGGCGGUGGUGCCGAGGGAGUGAGUGAGGGUGGAGGUGGUGAUGAGUGCACACUGCACUCACACACUUCAUCUGCCUCAGUCUCAAGGUGACCAGAGCUAGGGAUUUUUCCCAAGACCUUGGGAUUUCACACUUCAUCCUAGGAUCCUGGAGUUUUUUUUUGCAGAAAUGCCUCAAAUCUUGGGAUAUUUCAUGUUUUUAAUAUUAUAUUCAAGAGUUGAGCUAGAUACGCAUUUAUGAAACAACAAUAUUUUUUUCUAAUGGUGGUAUUAAUUUCUUGGGAAAGACCUUCAAAUUGCAAUAACAAAUUAAGUAUUAGGCCACCAGGUCAUUAUGCUUUGGUUGGUUGAUGAUGGAGUUAUGGUCCUUAUGGAGUACGGGUAGUAGGGUAACACUGACAGUAGAGGAACUGCAGGAAGGGAGGAGGAGUGAGUCAGCGGAUGUUGCUUUGUAGAUGAAACAGACAAUGUAAGUACCAUGUUAUCAAUGGCAACCCUCAACAUCACUCAUCAAAGACAUGAAAAGUAGUCAGUGCUACCUAAGGUGUGGUGAGCGAGAAUGGGAAGGCAAAGAGGAGAGGGUGGCAAUACUGCAUCCAGCUGUGAAGGAUGCCAUUGAGGGAGAAGAAGGCAAAAUCCUUAGCAGUGUAUAUCUGCAGUAAUAGUGAAAGGUGAGAUUCCAUCUUAUUUCAAACAAAUUUCUGUUGAUUAUUUAUUGUUUCUCAGUCUUGGGAAUUUCUGGUCAAUCUUGGAUUUUUAUUUUGAGUCAAUCUUGGGAAAUUUGAAAACUACUGGUCACCCUGCAGUCAGUCUUGCAGCAGCAGUUGUUGUUAGAGGUUGUAGCAUUCCUGACCACUCGCCCCCUUCACCACUUUUAUCAGAUCUUCACCUUUAUUGUCGGUGGCUUCCAUCCAAUUAGUCCAAUAUAACGAGGGUUUACUGUAUAAUAUAAAAGACAGACACAUCAUUUAUUUUUCUGCAGAUGGUCCCUUCAACAUGUAACAGUAUUCAUGAAGGACAGUAAUAUUGUGUUAAGUAAACUACUGCUCUAGUUUUGCUUGUGCUAAAGAUUUGGGUAUUGGUAAUAUUAAACUUUGCCUUAUAUAGAAGAUAGUUUUCAGGUUUUGUUUUAUUAUUUUAGAAUUAUUGAAUAUAUGUAGCAUUAUGGUAUCAAUGUACUUGGUUACAUAUAAAGUGACUGGUGUAAGAGAA